GGGAAGGUAUGGGAGGUAAAGCGAACAGACCGGCAGAAGUAAACAUUCCAAGUUGUGCAGUGCACGUGCGAGGAGCUGUCCGAUCCUGCACCAUGGAGAAUUCGCUGCUGUGCACCGAGAGUCUGAGCGUGAACCGCGGAGGACACGACCCGGUCAUCUUCGCCGACUCGCGGGUGCUCGAAAACCUGCUGGCCGAGGAGGGCCGCACGCUCAUCGAGCAGGACUACUUCAAGACUGUCCAGAAGGACAUCACCCCUAACAUGCGAUCUGUCGUAGUCAGCUGGAUGAUGGAGGUCUGCGAGGAGUUGGCGUGCGACACCCUUGUAUUCCCUCUGUCGGUGCGGCUACUGGAUCUGUUCUUGGCAAAAAUCGAAACACCAAGAUGCAACCUGCAGCUCUUGGGGGCCGUCUGCCUGCACGUCGCCUCCAAACUCAGGAGCACCCAGUUGAUAGCCACAGAAACCAUGGUCUACUACACAGACAACAGCAUUCAGGCGGCUGAUAUGAAUAAAUUGGAGUUGAUGCUUUUGAUGGUGCUGGGCUGGAACGUGACCCCGGUGACCUCGGCCGACUUCGUCGAACACAUUUUGUCCAGGGUAGCCUGGUCGUCUGAGAAGAAGGUCCUCAGGCAACACGCCCACGUUCUCGCGCAACUCUGCUGUUCCAAUGCUGACCCAGAACUGAUCAAACUUAGACCGUCAGCCGUGGCCUGUGGCGCAUUGGUGGCCGCCGCCAGAGGCCUCAACAUCCCUUCCAAAGACAAAGUGCUGGCCCACGUGUGUCACCUGGCCAAAACGGAGACGCACGAGGUCCUGUACGUGGCGGAGCGAGUCGAGGCCAACGUGCGGGAACACCAGCGGGCGGCCGGCGUGCAGCCGCAGGUGACCCAGCAGCACCAGAAGCACAUGGCCAGCUCGGGAAACUCUAACACGGCUUUGGACAUCAUCAUCGACGACAGUGCCGACGCUGAGGCUUCGAAGCCGGCAACGCCCACCGACAUACAGGACAUCUACUUUGACUGAUGCUCCAAAGCCGCUUGAUCCGUCUGAAAUAAGAAAAGUGCCUUGAUUCAAUUGAGAAAAAGAAAAUAGACUAUGAAAAAAAUGACUCUCUGAUCUCAACAGCGCCGACAAACAUUUUCAGUUCGUGGAGAAUUUUUAGUGCUUGAUUUUUUUUUUACUUUUAAUUUUUCAAUACGUUUGGAAAAUUUAAAAAAAAAACUUCUACUAGCAUGAAGAGCGGCGGCCCAGAGAAAAAUGUGUUCAACAGGAGAAUGUGUAAAACAUUUAGUGCGUAAGUUGGAUUUUAUUUUUGUAAGCUGAUUUCCACUUUUAAAACUAGUUUUUGCGGUAUUUUAACAAAAAAACACACUUUUAGAAAAGGCGUUCUGUGUGAUAAAAUUGCAACGUACAAAUUUGCCAGUUUUGUUUUGAAACAAACCGAGAAAGUGGUAAGAGGCGUGUUUGAAGAAAAUAUGAAAACUUUGCAAAAAAAACUGAAACUAUAUUGUAAUUUUUAAAAUAGUUUUAAGGUUAUAUAAAAACUGUAAUUUAUUUUUGUAGCAGCACUGCCGAUGAAGCGUGGAGUUCGCUCGAAAUCUGUGAUGAACUUUUUGAUCAUUGUGAAAUGUGAACCUUUUAUAUAAAUAACGUUAACUGCGCGAACUCGUCAUUUGAACGCAAAGCAUGUUAAACUGUAAAAAUAAAACAUACAAAAAAUGUUGUAAUUUUAAAAGGUCAGUACAUAUAUAAAAGUGCCUUUUUGUAAAUCUUUGAUGUAAUUUUUGAACGUUUCUAGUCCCCUCAGCAACUUCUUCUUUCCCUAUCAUCAGCUCUCUGUUAUUCAUUUAGAUUGAUGGACAUGUUACCAAACCUGCAACACACGCUUGAAACUCUCAAUUAAUGAAAUGUUGAAAAAUGUCACUUACGAAGAGAAAAAUCACACUUUUGUAAUCCCUCAGCAUUCAGCUCACUUUCGUUCAAUUGUGUUUGUAUUUGGCACCAUCCGAGAAGAAGAAAUACACACAGCAACUGGACAUUGUGGUGCUAAAUUAGCGGUACCCUUAAUAGACGUUAAGUUAUUAGCUAAUUUAUUUGUAACACACAUGUCUUUGUUUAGUUGUCAUUGCAUUGUAUUUAUCAUUUUGAAGUCGUCUGUCACCAGUUUAAGUGUGCAUCGAAAUAAAAAUAAAAACCAAUA